AUGCUCAAUCAAAACUUACAUAAAAAUUAUAAACCUACAGAAAAUAUAACAGUAGACGAACAAUUAUUUCCUUACAGAGGACACACAAAAUUUACACAGUACAUUCCAUCUAAAUCUGCAAAAUAUGGAAUAAAGGUUUUUUGGGCUUGCGAUGCAGCAAAUGCUUACCCUUUGCAUGGUAAAAUUUACACAGGCAAAUCACAAGAUGGUAAACGUCAAGUAAAUAUUGGUGAACGUACAGUUCUAGACUUAGUUGCGAUGUAUAAAGGUUCUGGACGAAAUGUGACUACAGACAACUUUUUUACAAGUAUGCAAUUGGCUACUACAUUAAACUCUUGGAAUAUGACAUUGGUUGGUACUGUCAGAAAAAAUAAAAGAUUCUUGCCUCCCAAAAUGCUUCCAUCAAAAGCCAGAGCAUUACAUUCUACAAAUUUUGUAUUUAGAAAAGAUUAA